UAAUUGAUAGCUCAAAAAAUAAUUUAAUUUUUGAUUUUAAGAAAGUUUCAAAUGUAAAAGACAUACAAUUUAGUGUUGAAAAGAAAGAAAAAAAUAGUAAAUUAUUUUCAAAAGAGAUUGAAAAUAAUUUAGAAAAUGAAUAUUAUGAAAAUAAAGAGAGAAGUUAUAUUAAUAUUUGGAACUAA